AUGGCGACGCGGCAGGCCGCUUCCAGCCCGGAGGAGGGCGGGCGGCGCCCGCGGGGGCAUCCUGCGGCCGGGGCCGCGUCCCCGCCGGUGCUUCUGCUCCGCCACUUCUGCACGGUUCCCUUCCUCUGCUUCGGGGACGUCCGCGUGGGCGCGUCGCGGACGCGGUCUCUGGUGCUGCACAACCCGCACGGAGAGCCUCUGCAGGUGGAGCCGUCGCUGGUGCGCGCCGCCGCCCAGGGCUUCAGCGUCUCACCCAACCGCUGCGAGCUGAAGCCUAAAGAAAAAAUUACUGUUUCUGUUACCUGGACACCACUGAAAGAAGGGCGAGUGAGGGAGGUUGUGACAUUUCUUGUAAAUGAUUUUCUGAAGCACCAGGCUAUAUUACUAGGAAAUGCAGAAGAGCAUAGAAAGAAAAAGAGAAGUCUUUGGAAUACCAAUAAGAAGAUUCUGGCCUCUUCAAGACAUACUAAAAGGACUUCCAAAAACCAAAAUUUUAAUGAAUCAUUUAUUAUUUCACAAAAAGUUGACCGAAUUAGGAGCCCACUGCAGGCUUGUGAAAAUCUGACUAUGAGUGAAUGCUGUUCUCCAACAGAAAACAAUUCUUUAUCCCUUGAAGAAAACAAAAUACCCACUUCUUCUAUUAGCCCUAUUAAAGAAUGCCAGAGUGACACUUGCUUGCCACAGUUUUUCUCCAGGUCUACUGCCUAUUCAUCUCUUCAUGCAUCUGAAAAUGCACAACAUUUAAAAGUACAAGAUGCCAGUGUUUCAAAAGAUUUUAAUUUUAGUGAGGAAGUCACAAAUGAGACUUUUUUAAAUCCUGUUGGUGAUCAAAGUGAAGGGGAGAGUAAAUUUACUCUUGCCCCAAGCUGUUCUUCACCUUUGAAUGUUACACAGAGCCAAAUAAAUUUUCUAAGUCCAGAUUCUUUUGUAAAAAACAGUUGUGCAUCUGAUAACGGCCUAGGAUUAAAAAGAAAUGUCUCGUCAGAUACAUUUAGAACCGAUCACUCAGACUCUCUGUGUUUGGAAUCCCAAACUGUACAUAAAGUUUAUCAAACAAUCUUAAGCCCAGAUUCUUUUUUAAAUGAUAAUUAUGGACUUAAAAAAGGUCUAAAAUCAGAAUCAGUCAAUCCCAUUUCACCUCCAACACAAUUUGUAAAGGAUAACAUGGUACGUAUAGGUCAGCAAACAUGUAAGUUAGCAGCAGUAUCAAGUAAAUCUCAUCAGGAUUGGAGAAUAAAUGAAGGAUUGGCAUAUAACUCAGCGUGUCAACAUUCAGAAACUCCCAAAGUCAGUUUUGAAAAACAAAGCCCUAUAGAAAUGAAGUCACAUUACCAUGGUUUUACAAAACAAAAUUCUAAUAUUUCUGAGUUUCAAGAUGCUUCUCUGUGUAACCAGAGUGAACAACCGAAGAGACGCCCAAUUCUUUCAGCCACUGUAACCAAGAGGAAGCCCACUAAUGCCAGAAAAAACCUACCUGAGAUUGACAAACCAAACACAAAAAAAUGCCUUAAGGAUAUAGUAGGUGAAUGUGGAAAAGAAAUGGGUGACUCAGAAGAGAAAGGCUUUCAUUCUUAUCUUCCAGUUGUGAAGCCAGUAAUGAGUAAACGUCAGAGUUCUAAAAAUGAGGUAACACCCUCAACCAUCCUUUCCUCUGCUCCUAAAAGAAAGAGCAGUGGAAUCAUGGAAGACACAAGUGGAAAGCUGGCUGUUACAGAACAUACAGAGGUGUGUGAAAUUAAACGAAUCCAUUUUUCUCCUCUCAAAUCUACACUAUCAACUGUUGCAAGAACCAAAAGGAAAGAAGCACUUGCCUCAAGGCAUAUUAACAGCUCAGAGAAGUCAAGCCUGAGGAAGAAAACUGAUUCAUUAGUUUUAAAAACGCCUCUUUCUAAAACAAAGAAAAGGACACGACCCGUUGUUGGAAUAGCACAGUCUCAUCUGACCUUUAUAAAACCAUUAAAAGCAGCUAUUCCUAGACACCCAAUGCCAUUUGCUGCAAAGAACAUGUUCUAUGACGAACGCUGGAAGGAAAAACAGGAGCAGGGCUUUACCUGGUGGCUCAAUUAUGUAUUAACGCCUGACGACUUCAAUGUGAAAACAAGCGUUUCUGAAGUGAACACUGCCACCCUUGUUCUGGGAAUGGAAAACCAACAUAAAAUAAGUGUCCCAAAAGCCCCUACAAAAGAUGAAGCGUCUCUCAGAGCUUACACAGCCAGCUGCAGGCUGAACAGACUACGUCGUACAGCUUGCUCCUUGUUUACAUCUGAAAAAAUGGUUAAAGCUAUUAAAAAACUUGAAAUUGAAAUUGAACUCGGGCGGUUAAUUGUUCGGAAAGAUAGACACCUCUGGAAAGAUAUUGGACAACGCCAAAAAGUCCUGAAUUGGCUCUUGUCAUAUAAUCCUUUGUGGCUGCGAAUUGGCCUGGAGACAGUUUAUGGAGAACUUAUCCCUUUGGCAGACAACAGUGAUGUCACAGGGCUGGCCAUGUUCAUUCUGAAUCGCUUACUUUGGAAUCCUGAUAUAGCAGCUGAAUACAGACACCCCACUGUCCCCCUCCUGUUUCGAGAUGGUCACGAAGCAGCUUUGUCUAAGUUCACACUGAAAAAAUUACUGUUGUUGGUCUGUUUCCUUGAUCAUGCUAAACUUUCCAGACUUAUUGAUCAUGAUCCUUGUCUGUUUUGUAAAGAUGCUGAAUUUAAGGCUAGUAAAGAACUUCUUCUAGCCUUUUCACGAGAUUUCCUAAGUGGUGAAGGCGACCUUUCUCGUCACCUUAGCUUAUUGGGAUUACCUGUGAGCCAUGUUCAGACCCCUCUUGAUGAAUUUGAUUUUGCUGUUACGAACCUUGCUGUGGACCUGCAAUGUGGGGUGCGCCUUGUGCGAGCCAUGGAACUUUUGACACAGAACUGGAGUUUAUCCGAGAAACUUAGGAUUCCUGCAAUAAGUCGAGUUCAGAAGAUGCACAAUGUUGAUAUUGUUCUUCAGGUUCUCAAAUCCCGAGGAGUUCAACUGACUGAUGAACAUGGAAACACUAUCUUGUCUAAGGACAUUGUGGACAGGCACAGAGAGAAAACACUGGGGCUGCUUUGGAAAAUAGCAUUUGCUUUUCAGGUGGAUAUUUCCCUUAAUUUAGACCAUUUAAAGGAAGAAAUUGACUUUCUAAAACGCACGCACAGUAUAAAGACAGCAAUAUCUGCACUGACAUCCCAUUCUCAAGCUGUUGCUAAUAAGCAAAAAGACAAAAGGAACAGUGGGUCCUUUGAACACUAUGGUAACAAUGUGAAGCUAUUGAUGGAUUGGGUAAAUGCCGUUUGUGCCUUCUAUAAUAUAAAGGUGGAAAAUUUUACAGUGUCUUUCUCAGAUGGCCGUGUGCUGUGCUAUCUGAUCCACCAUUACCACCCAUGCUAUGUGCCUAUCGAUGCUAUAUGCCAGCGUACCACUCAGUCCGUGUCCUGUGCACAGACCGGUUCAGUGGUGUUGAACUCUUCAUCCGAAUCUGAAGGAAGCUGUCUGAAUCUGUCUCUUGAAGCACUGGAUCAUGAAAACACUCCAGACGUAUACAAAGAGCUUCUAGAAAAUGAAAAGAAAAAUUUUCACGUGGUGAGAUCUGCAGCUAGAGAUCUUGGAGGAAUACCUGCUAUGAUUCACCAUUCAGACAUGUCAAAUACAAUUCCAGACGAAAAGGUGGUUAUUACCUACUUGUCAUUUCUUUGUGCAAGGCUUCUGGAUCUCCGUAAAGAAAUAAGAGCUGCCCGACUUAUCCAGGCAACAUGGAGAAAAUAUAAACUAAAAAGAGACCUGAAACACCAUCAGGAAAGAGAUAAAGCUGCUAGAAUUAUUCAGUCAGUUGUUCUCAGUUUUCUAAGUAGACGAAGACUGCAAAAAAAAGUCAGGGCAGCUGAGGUCAUUCAGAAAUGGUGGAGAAGAGUCACUGCACAAAGGAAGUUGCUGAUGCUGAAAAAUGAAAAACUGGCCAAACUUCAAAGGAAAUCAGCAUUGCUUAUUCAGGCUGUAUGGAGAACAUAUAAAGCUAAGAAAUACUUAUCCAAAGUGGAAGCUGCCUGUAGGAUUCAAGCGUGGUAUAGAUGUUGGAGAGCACGCAAGGGAUAUGUAGCUUUAUUAAAAGCUGUUAAAAUUAUUGAAGGUUACAUCUGUGCUAAGCUGGAGAGAAUGAGGUUCUUGAAGAUGAGGGCAUCAGCAAUUAUAAUUCAAAGGAAAUGGAGAGCUACACUCUCUACAAGAGUAGCUCAUAAGAAUUUGAUUUUAAAAAGACAUCGAGCUGCUUGUUUGAUACAAGCUCAUUUUAGAGGCUAUAAGGAGAGGCAGUCCUUUCUACAGCAGAGAUCCGCUGUUUUAAUCAUACAGAGAUGGAUACGAGCCUUGCUGUCUGGGAAGCGUGAAAGGAUGAAAUAUAUCAAAUUUAAAAAGUCUACAGUUGUUUUACAAGCAUUGGUGCGUGGCUGGUUAGUAAGGAAAAAAGUUUCAGAACAGAGAGCCAAAAUUCGACUUCUCCACUUUACCGCAGCUGCUUACUGUCACAUGUGUGCUUUUAGAAUCCAGCGAGCCUAUAGAUUCCACAUGGCUGUGAGGAAUGCUGCGAAGCAUGUGAAUUCAGUCAUCUUUAUUCAGAGAUGGUUUCGAAGAAGACUACAACAAAAGAAGCUUAUUGAACAGUAUCAUAAGAUCAUAAAAACUGAACGUGAAGUUCAAGAAUGUCAGCUCCGGCAGAAUAAGGCUGCAUCUGUGAUACAGAAGGCUGUACGCCACUUUCUCCUUCGCAGAAAACAGAAAAAAAUGAAUAACAGUGCCACAAGAAUUCAGGCAUUAUGGAGAGGCUAUUCUUGGAGGAAGAAAAAUGAUCACACAGAAAUUAAGGCUAUUCGGUUAAGCCUCAGAGCCGUCAGUAAGAACGUUGAGGAGGAGAACAAGCUCUACAGAAGAACUGCACGUGCACUUCAUCAUCUGCUGACGUACAAACACUUGUCUGCCAUCCUGGAUGCUUUGAAGCACCUGGAGGUUGUUACCAGAUUAUCUCCACUUUGCUGUGAGAAUAUGGCUGAAAGUGGAGCGAUUUCUACAAUCUUUGUUGUCAUCCGAAGCUGUAAUCGUAGUGUCCCCUGUAUGGAAGUCGUUGGUUAUGCUGUUCAAGUAUUGCUGAAUGUGGCAAAGUAUGAUAAAACGAUCUCAGCAGUUUACGAUGCUGAAAACUGUGUGGACACACUGCUGGAGCUUUUGCAGAUGUACAGAGAGAAGCCUGGUGACAGAGUUCCUGAGAAGAGUGCGAGCAUUUUCACAAGAACUUGCUGCUUACUAGCAGUGCUGUUGAAGACAGAGCAUUGUGCUUCAGAUGCACAUAGUAGAUCAAAAGUCAUCGAUCGUAUUUAUCGUCUCUACAAAUUUACAGUUCCUAAGCAUAAAAUGAAUAAAGAAGGGUUAUUUGAUAAGCAGAAGCAGAAUUCCUAUACUGGCUUUGCUUGUAUAUCAGAAAGAUCUGUGAAGACCAGAAUAAUUUUGAGACUUAAGCCACAGUGGGUUUUAAGGCGUGAUAAUAUGGAAGAAAUCACAAAUUCAGUGCAAGCUAUUCAACUGUUGAUGGAUACCCUUGGCAUUCCAUAUCAGUAAAUGGAAACAUUUUCACUGUGGGACUAUAAAAAAUUACACCAAUCAUGGAUACAUGGAGCAGUUUUUACUGUCAGUGUAAACUGGUUAGAUAUGACUUUGUACAAAAAUAAAAAUGUAUAUAUUACAAGCUACUAAAUUGUUUAAUAAAAACUUCAUAGGAAUCCUUGAA